UCACACAUGUAGCCUAACACAGAGUGCUUAGACCUCUGGGGUGGACGUGCCUUGUUGUUAGCUGUUUAUCUCCUCCCACCUGGACCUCAGGUCGGAGCUUUGACCCAGCCUCCUCUUCCUCUGAUCAGGACCGUUCUCUUUGGCAGUAUGGGUGAGAAGCGGGGUAGUCCCUUCCAGCUGCUGAACCGCGUGCACAGAGACUGCGAUGGUAGUGGUGGAGGAUCCAAAACCUUAGAGCCAAAAGGUCAUGACACCACCAGCCUCACCAACCCGGACCUGGGCAUCAUGGACAGUGCUGCUGCUGCUGGCAGUACAUGCUUCUCUCCUGUUUCACUGGAACUGGACCCCACAGCGGUGAAUAAUGGAUCAGACAUUCCCUGCAGCCUGCAGACGGACACAAAAGACCCAGCGCUGCAGAUCGACAGCCGGCCCUCUACCUGCGGCCCUAACCCUCCUCCUCACCCUCCAGCUAGCCGGCUGCUCUCCUCCAAGCACUUCCAGAGCCCCUACAUUACGAAGACUAGCAUGCAGGGGGAUGUCUACAACUUCCUAGAGAGACCCACUGGAUUGAGAUGCUUCCUCUACCACUUCUUGGUAUUCCUCAUGGUCCUAGUGUGCCUCAUCUUCAGUGUCCUGUCCACGAUAGAGCACUAUGCCGAGUUCGCCAGCGGAACUCUCUUCUGGAUGGAGAUUGUCCUGGUGCUGUUCUUUGGGACAGAGUACAUGGUGCGGCUCUGGUCCGCCGGCUGCAGGAGCAAAUAUGUGGGGAUCAAGGGACGACUCCGCUUCAUCAGGAAACCCAUAUCUAUCAUUGAUCUGAUAGUGGUUAUUGCCUCAGCCAUAGUGCUGAGUGUAGGUUCCAAUGGCCAGGUGUUUGCCACAUCUGCUAUCAGGGGGAUUCGCUUCCUCCAGAUUCUACGCAUGCUGCACGUGGAUCGUCAAGGAGGAACAUGGAGGCUUCUGGGAUCUGUAGUCUUCCUCCAUCGACAGGAGCUGAUCACCACGCUGUACAUCGGCUUCCUGGGGCUGAUCUUCUCCUCCUACUUUGUGUACCUGGCAGAGAAGGAUGCUGUGGACGAGGAGGGCAAGACUGGCUUCUCCACCUAUGCUGAUGCCCUGUGGUGGGGCGUGGUGACGGUGACCACCAUUGGCUAUGGGGACAAGGUUCCUCAGACGUGGAUAGGGAAGGCCAUCGCCUCCUGCUUCAGCGUCUUCGCCAUCUCCUUCUUCGCUCUUCCUGCAGGUAUACUGGGCUCGGGCUUUGCUCUGAAGGUACAGCAGAAACAGAGACAGAAACAUUUCAACAGACAGAUCCCGGCUGCAGCCUCACUAAUCCAGGCGCUGUGGCGGUGCUAUGUAGCAGAGAAACCAGAAGGCUGUCCUGCCACCUGGAAAAUGUAUGUCCUCACCGGAGACUACAUCCCUACCAUGAAUUCUGAAAACGACAGCCCAAACCUCAGAAACAAGAGCAAGCGCCCCAAGAGGAAACUGAAGAUGGUCCGUGACAACGGCUCCCUGACCAUCCCUGGAGAGAAGAGGAUGUAUAUUCCUCAGCUCACCUUCGACCACAUUGAGGAUGAAGACGAGAAGAAAGAGGUCCCCUUGUUUCUGGAAGAACAGCCAGUCAUCACCCGGAUGCUCAGACAAACAGGCGUUCAGCACUCAUGGUCCUCUUUCAAUCUGAGCUGUCCUGCCUCUCCAGUUAAGAAAAAACUGGACGGCUCUUCCAUGGACAUCUCCCGGACGAACAGGUUGUGUGAUGACAUGGCCUAUGUCAGCGAGGACAUCCCUUUAACCGUGGUGACAGACACGGCACAGUUGUCUCACGCCCACAAAGCAGCAGUCAAAGUUCUCCGGAGAAUGAAGUACUUUGUGGCCAGACAGAAAUUUCAGCAAGCGAGGAAGCCGUACGACGUGAGGGACGUGAUGGAGCAGUACAACCAGGGACACCUCACCAUGAUGGUCCGCAUUAAGGAGCUACAGAGGAGACUAGACCACACAUUGGGGAAACCAGGAAUGUUUUUGCCAGAGAAAGGCGUAGAUAAGGAAUACCACACUGUGGGAGCCAGACUGAUCCGCCUGGAGGACCAGAUAUACCAGAUGGACCAUAAGAUGGAGGCAGUGCUGAAGAUCUUGGUGGACCAGUACAAGCCCAAGGCAGAGCUGCUCCUGAGGGCCCCAGCCCCAGCCCCUCCACCCCCAGCCCCCUACAGCUCCCGCAUCAGCAUCGUGAGACGCCAGAGCAUCGGCGUCAGCUUGGACGAGGGGCGGUGAUGUCACAGUGGACAGAGAGGCGCCAGUGAUGGAACCACCAGGGGCUAGAACCAGGCAUGAGAUAUUAGCUGCUUGGCCAGGAGGGUACAGACUCAAAUAAAGAAAAAGGGGGUACUCCUGUUACUUCAUUAGGAAGGUGGUGUAGUUUGGCUACUCAUACAUGUAGUACCCCAUGCUACACUUGUCUCAUAACCCCCAAAAUACCUUUAUGUCACUGUCUUUGACCUCUGAACUUAGAGAGAGAAUGUGAACAAGUCAACUCCUGCUUCUGUUCCCCUCUAGUGAAGAGGUGGGCUUGUCUGAAAGUUACGGGAGGUAGAGAACUUUGAGAGGUAACAUGGCAGCAGUAUACUGACAGUCCCUCCUCCGUCCCCCACAUCAUGGUGAACGGGGAUACGGGGUUCUCCUCUUCUUCAGAAGUUUUUUUCUCUCUAUCUCCCUUUGUAAUAGCAGCACUGUGAAAACCUGCUGCUGAAACUUCCACAGCAUAGAGUGUAGGGAAAGCACACAUAAUUCCCCUUUAGUUACAUAAGAUUAGCCUGCCACUUUCACUCCUCUGUAAAUAGUCACAUAAGCUAUGCUAAUGUAUUCAACUGUAUUCAUUCAGUGAGGCACAUCAGAGCACUGAUUAUUAUUAUCAUUUCCAAGCAAACCAACACAUUAAUGACAUUAUUAGGAGCACUCACUAAAGACCACAGCAGACCAGAAGUCUAACAGAGGAAUUCUUCAAAUCCUACUGAUGAUCUUGGCACCAUAAAAACCUAAAUACAGCACCCACUAUUUCCAUAUGGCCACCAAUUCAUCUCAGCUUACUGUAUUUAGGCCUGGCGUAUGUUUGUAGGUAGUUAUCAAGUAACAUAGAGAAGGACCAGGAGAUGAUCUGUUGACUUUGCCCGGAGUGUGUGUCUGUUAGUGGCUGGGCCUGUGCUGCUGGAGCAGAGUAGAGGGGGGGGAAAGCUCUGCAGGAACUAAUCUGGCGCUGAUUUACGGCUACGGUUAAGCUAAUAAAAAUAGCAAAACAGCCGUGACAAGGCAGAGUGCAGUACUACAGAAAUACAGUGAUAGAAAGAACAGUAUGGGGAGUUAUGGUACGGCCUUUUGCAGUUGACUCAACACCCCGUGCCAAGAUUUUCACUCGGAUAUUCCUAUGAACCACUUCACCACCCACCCUUCUUCAUGCUAAAACAUUUUUAUUUUCCUUCUUUGGACUCCAACUGCUGUAUGCAAUUUGAAAUGAAUUUUCCCCAUUAGAGCUGAUUAUUUUUCAUUCUCUUUCUAAUUAAGUGCUGAAUUCCUGGUAAGGGGAGAUUGCUCUGUGUGUGAGUUGACUAAUGAAAAUAAAUACUGGAAAAAUGUGUACAAUUUAAACAGUAGGCUUACAUAAUUUAGUGUGAAGGCCCUGAAAUAUCAGGCUACCACAAAGAGAGAGAGAUGUACCAUGCUUUGAUUUCAAAGCCCUUUAAAGCAUUUGAAUAGAAAGAAUGCUUCUCUUUUAGUUUCUCACAUAUUUCUCGACGGCCAGGACCCAGCUGGGUAUAGCCAGUAGAAAAUAUUUUUUUAAAUAACCAAGCUAUGAAUGCAAGCCCUUCCAUUAUUAUAGUAUGAGAGAGGGAGAGAGGGAGAGAGACAGAGAGAGAGACAGAGAGAGAGAGAGAGAGAGAGAGAGAGAGAGACAGAGAGAGAGAGAGAGAGAGAGAGAGAGAUAGAGAGAGAGAGAGACAGAGAGAGAGACAGAGAGAGAGAGAGACAGAGAGAGAGAGAGACUCUCCACUACUAGUAUAUAUUUUAUUAUUUUGCCGUGGUUGAAGAUUAGUUGUAUGUAUUUUCUAUUAACGGGUUGCUUUUUAAAGCAAGUUUCUUUGACAUAACUGCGCCACAUACAUCUGGCUGACCUGUAUAGUUUUAUAAGAGUUGUGUAUAAUAACAUUGCCUCAUAUUUAUUAUCAUGUGGAACGAUCAACCUGGGAAGUCUCCUGGUCUGUUGAGAGAUGAUGAGAAACAAAGAGUGUUUUAAAACGGAUUGGAAUGACUGUAAAUUAUAUUCACAACCCUCUGUAAAUCUGGUGUAAAUAAAAAUCUAUUUCAUUAUA